AUGGAGGAAGAGGAGGAGGAGGAGGGAGGUUGGAAGGAAAGUAGGGGCUAAUGGGUGAGGGUAGGCCACUAAAAGAAUGAAAUAGUGGGAAACCAGGUCUAGGUUGGAAGUCAAAGGAGAUAGGUUGACUUACCUGAGAGCAAUUGGCCUUAAGUGGUGGGAAGCCUGAACUAGGUUGGGGCAUAAAUGAUUUAGGGCAGUGCAUGUAUGAAUUAUUUGCUGGAUAUAUAGUAGGGCUUUGAUAAGUAAUCGGUACGCAGGACAGAGAAUUAUUCGGGGAUAUAAUUGGAGCUGCGGGGUUUGUAGACGUGCUGGGCUGAACAGACUUGUUAGAUCUAAGAGAAGGCGUCGUACCCAUAAAUGGAACUGUACUACCUAUCUUUUGGGUUAGAGUCUGAUUCAAUUUUCGAGUCUCACCGUUCUGACGCCAAGCCACUGGUGACUUAGCUGUAGACCUUACAGCACCCAGUUGGACAAUAGAAGUUAUCGGUCUAGCUGAUGUAGACGGAUUUUCAUGUGUCUCCGCGGGACUAUCCGGAGGAUACGAAACGACAAAUGGGGCUGCUGCUGCUGCUGCUGCUGCUGCAAGUUUAGGGGCAGGCAAAUGCGUCAAGUGGUUCGAGUUAGAUGGAGAUGUCGGAGAGAGAGGAAGGAGGGAGUCAGAUGUCGCAGGAGUAGGACAAGCUGAAUCCUUACAGCCACUUGUAUUAUGAUCGAGUUGGGGAGCAUUGGACUGAGAAGUCGUGGGUUAAUGUGAGAAUAGAGACCCGAUUCUACGCUCCAUAGGAGUAAGAUCAUGACAAAGGAAAAAUUUUGCCUUUUCUAGGUACGCAGUGACACGCUCUCGAUGGGUAAAGAUUGUGUCAACCUCGAUUGAUGAAAAUAAUUUGACCAAGAUGGGUAGAUUUUUGCUACGGGAGGACAAGCGUUUGGCAUCGGCUAUUUUGUAGUUGAAACCACAUGAAUACAGGAAAUUGGUCGCAACAUCAAUUGGCCGAGCAGAUCGAGGAACAUUUUUAGCAGAAAGUUGUAAGAACGCUUCUGUCGAUCACUAGAUUCACUGGCGAUCAGGUGAACAAGUGAGUCGAGACGCCUACAUUCUUCAGAGGGAAUAUCGGAGAUGUCCCCGUCGAAUAAAUAUCCAAGAAUUGUCAGCAAAGAGCCCAACUUUAGCAUAAAGUCAUUGCAGUGGUCAAGUGCAGACAGAUUAAGCUGCCGACCAAUUACAACGGGUGACGACUGACUUGUGAUAUCAUCUGACUUAGAUUUAGGUAAAGCUUCUGACUUACGUUUACUUAGGCCAUGCUUACUUAUAGAAGCCGAGAGCUAACGUCGACCAAUGACUUUUGGUCUCAUCUUGUCUCGUGGGAAUUUGUGAUUAAGAAAACUUCUGGCAGACAAGUUGACUGAAUUUCAGCUAAGGGCUAACGAUGUAAAAAUAAAUUACAACAGUUAGAGAGAAAUCGGAUGCACAAAAUGAGAAUUGCAGAGUGCGAUUAGUGAACAACGGACAUAGACUAGCAGAACUCAAAAGGAGGUGGCAGCAGGCAGUUCUAAGAGAAGAGGCCUGUAUUUAAGGAAAUUCAACCAAAAAACAGGUACUAAAAUCGUUAGGUCUCACAGAAAAACCACUAAAAAUAAUAUCCUCCACUUAUCUUCAAAUUUAAAACCAGCGAUAAGAAAAGAUUUUUGUUACAGAAGAAGGAUGAAAACUUUGUCAACGUACGGAAAGGCGCACUGAAUAGCAAGUACUAUUGUUAUUUAAAUACGAAAAGAAAGAGAUAGUAGGGAAAGGAGUCACUACAAAGAUUUUUUUACAAAAUACGACUAUUUUGCCAGACUGUCAAACAAAACUGGGAAAAAUCUUACCUUAUAUUGAAAGGUGACUUUUAAAAGGGACUCAAAUAAAAAACAGGCAUUAAUUGCUUAAGAAUAUCCAGAUAAAUGCAAAGCUUCACUUAUCUUUGAAAUUGAGCUGCGCGCCUUGACCCUGACCUUCUACGUAGAAGGCUUUACGGUGCCUGCAAUAUAACCUCCGAGCUCCUUCUUAGUUUGUGCCUCUCGGAGUGGCUUCCCGUUGAAAGAGAGUUCGAAAUCAGCUACGAAAGCUAACGCCUAUGUCUCUGUUACUAAAACGAUAUCUGGGCAAUGGGCGAACACGAUAGUCUGAGGUAGAGGAAUCUUAUUUAGCAAGGAUCUAGCAAUCGGAGCAAAAACGUUAGGCACAAAGACUUUUUGUUUCUGAGGGAGGUGGGCUAUGUCGUCCAGUGAUUGGCUGCCCACGGAACAUAAGGUUGGGAUGCACCUAUCCGGUUCAGCAAAGCAUUUUAUGGCAUCAAAAGAUCCUGAGGCGAAUAAAGAGAAGUAGGAUUUUGGGGAGGAAAUGAGUGGUUAGGGAGUUGGUUACUAUUUUAAGCUAGUUCAUUUUCAGCAGAAAAUCCACGGGCCGGAUAUUCUGACGUAUUCAUGCCAGAGCGAAAUUGAGUGACAGAUGAGUUAACUGACCCAGUAUGGACACUAGCUGGGGAACGUAUUGGUAAAGCGGCCGUGGAAGUAACAUGUUGGGGGGGGAGUGGGGGACGAACUGUCUCCAUUAAAACAAGAAUUCUAUCAAAGGGCGGGAAUGUCGGCAUAGUCGGCCUAACCACCUCGAUAUGAGGUCUUCGUUUAGUUAGAAACACGAUACGUUUUGGGUCUCGGUGUUUAUGACAGUGUCAGGCGAUGUGGAAGAAAUGAUUUCAUAAUGGAGCUGGAUUUGCCAGGUGUCCGAGUAGCUGAGACGGCAUUUGGAUCUGCUAUUGACUUAGGAACAUGCUUAGGCUUGCUAGAGGUUGUUGUGGGAGUCGGUCGGGACGUUUUUAUACCAGACGUUUUGAAGCGCUUAAAAAUCUUAGCAUAAAUAUUAGUCGAUUUCCCUACGGAAUUGACUAUUUCGUGACGUGUAGAGGCCGAAGAUGAUGAUGAAGAAGACUUAUCCAAACUGACAAUAGGUGUUAUUAUGCGGGUGUUGGCGUUUGGAAAUUUCACUUUGUCCAGUUUUCGCUGCAUUGGUGUGAGUUCCGGCGAAACUAAGCAACGCCAUUUACGGCAGAAUUCUCUGGUUAUCUCCCUCCUUGACAAGAUAAAAUCGACUUCUAUCAAGGAGAAACGGGUAACUAGUAUCAGUGCAUUAUGACUGAGCGAGCGCAGUCGUUUAGCUUGUGCGACACUGAAACGCAAGCCACAAUUUUGCAGGACCAAAUGCGCUUCCUCUAUAGCAGAUAAGUGCCUCAGAAUGUUUUGAAGCACAAAAUUAUGCCUGCGUUAUAUUCCCUCCUCAGCUUCAGAGCUUAUUACUCCAAGAACUUUAAACACUUGCUCAAUGAGUUUUCGGAAGGGCUGCUUAUGUCGCCAUACAUCAACUGAUCGAGUAUUUCGUCGGUUGAUGUUCUGUUACGACUAGCGAAGGCCUAGUUUUCGACGAAUAGAGAGUCAGAAGAUUCUACUUGGACUAGAAGGAUUCUUGAGUUAACCAUAUCUACGUAAGGCAACGAACACAUACUGGCAUCCGCUGCGACUCCGGCCACAAUUCUAGCAUUCAGAGACGCUGGGGAGACAGCAAGCUGUCGUCUUUUAGCACGUGUUCUUCGGGGCAUUACAGGGUACUAGAUAGGUAUUCCGUUGCUAAUGUACAACAUGACGCACAGAAUAUCAAGUGCUACUGUUCGUUUACUACAAAAACUAGAAAGAGACAAUCCGACAAGGAGUCACUAAGGGGCAUUUCAAGCAAUACGGCUAAUCUACUAGACGGUCUCACAAGAGUAGAAAAAAAUUAUACUUGUCAGUGAAAAGCGAAUUUUAAAAGGACUCAAACAAAAAAUAGGCAUUAAUCGCUUAAGAAUAUCAAAGUUUAGGCCAAGCUUCACUUAUCUUUAAAACUGAAUGAAUUAAAAAACACUUGAGAUAAUCAUCAACAAUAAAUGAUUGGGGAUGUCUAACUGCCGGCGAGAUAUCAUUCAUGUAAAGCAGGAACAAAAGAGGACGCAAAACGGUACCAGGCUCCAACAGGAAGAUGAAGAUCCAAGUAAAACCGUUUGUUUAUGAUUAGACGGGUAUGGCUUAAUACAGUCUAUAAGGGAACUGCGAAGUCCCAGUGCUCCUAAUUUAACCAAGAGUCUUUUAUGUGGCACUUUAUGAAAGGCUCUACUAAGAUCAAAAUAAAUAGCGACAACAGAUAAAUGAUCAGUACGAAGAGAAAGAAGUAGAUUGAGAAACAACAUAUGACAUGUUUCACAAAGACGACCUGGUAAAAAAACAAUGUUGGAAGAGGCUAGUAACUUGGUUGGCUAUACGAAAGUCGACAAUUUGUACGGCGAUUAUUUUCAAAGAUUUUGGCGAGAGAAAGUGUUUUAUGAACACCUUGAUAGUUGUGAACAUCAGGACGACAGCCAGACAGAAAUACUGAAAUAAUAAUAGAAGUUUCUCAAAAGUCAGGAAAGAGAGCAUUUUGGAGAAAGCCUGAAAAGAGUUCGCUAAGCAGAGGAGGAAAAUCUCGUAACUGUUUUAUAAGAGAGUUGGGAAUACUGUCCGCACCGACCGAAUGCGAGUAGAUAAGCCAGUAUAUCAUCUUUGGGAUAGUUUUAGGGGCAGAAUUUAUGAUGCUGAGAGAGGCACAAGACAACGGAUGAAUUGAGAUGAGUGGAGAGGUGUUUGGCAAAGAAUGAAUUUAACAUUUCUGAUUUGUCUGGCUCCUCUGUAAUGAAGGUAUCGUUGGUACUAAGCAAAGGCGGAAUGAUUUGGAGGGAUUUAGCAGAUGAUCUUUGUUGAAAGACCUGAGCAACUGAUUUAGAAGCAUUCUUAGCAGGUUAGAAUAAAUUUUCAAGUACAUUUUAGAACAGGUAAACGGAUUUUGCACGGAAAUCAGUUCACUGUAUUAGAGUAUUGAGUCAGAUAUUAUAAAUGAUCAGAAAGCAGUGAAAAUAUUGCUUGUGAAAAAUACAAAAUGAAUAUGUGUUCGUUAGCUUCUAAAGAAAAAAUCUACCGCUCAUGAAAGGAUAAAUAUACGGGUCUAAUGGACUCUCCUACAUCUGUCAUUAUUUAAGGGUUAAAAACGGAAAUCGUUAAGACAGAAUUCCUAAAACAGGUGAGGCUGUCCGCCUCGAGGUGGCCAAACAGGAGGACAGGGCGAUUUGACAGGCUUCGCUUGGAGUAAUUUGAUCCAAAAUAAGACCGACGAAAAGCAUAUUUCCCCAAUCGAUGGGGGGAGGGAGAAUGAGGAGUAUAAGGAGACAUUGGCUAAUGAACGGGUAAUGGGAUAAAAAAGAUUAGGUUCUCGGGCGAAGAUGGACUUGAAGUAAUUAGACAGGAGGUAUGAUUUAACAUCGUCCCGGUUUCAAGUUCCCCUACACAGACCUAAGGGCACUGAUUAGCUUUCGAGUACUUUUAGUACUCUAGUUAAGAUUUGUGCAUAUGGGGGAAAUAUGCUUACGCUUUCUACCUGCCUAUUUGUACAUAAAAAUCGUUAGGAUUAGUAACAACAUGAAAAAAUUACAGCACCACGUGGAUGCAGACAUCGAUUUACAUAGGUCCCCGGUUUUAUGGUUACACAGUCACAUGGUCCACUUGCUGCUGCAGCAUAUGUCUGUCAAUCCGACGUUCAAAUGCCUCUACAGAGUGAGACAGUAUAAUCGCCUCAGGCAGGUUAUUCCACGAGUCGACGAUAACGUUGGGGAAAAAAUAACUUCUCAAAUCCGAUCUUUAUUGGAUCACACGUGGUUUGAAGGGAUGUCCCCGGAGGUCAUUCGUUGGGCGAAUUGCAACAAGUCGUUACAUUGUUGGGUGCAGUAUAAGCCCCGCGCGAUACGGAAAAUUUGUGUCCAGUCUCCGCGCAACUGUCUAUAAUUCAGAGAAAGAGAUAAAAAUUACUUAGGCAGAUCUCAUAUGGGAGCGUACUCUCACCUCAUGUUAAUUUUGUGGUGCGCCCUGCGUCUUUUUGAGUACAUUUUUAUCCUGUUGCUUCCAGGGUCUUUAGGCCUGAUUUGCAUAUUCAAGUCGCAGCCUUACAGACGUGCCGAAGACUUUAGGGCAACGUUCUUUAUCGAAAGCUGUGAAUGUCCGCUUGAUGGCGUAAAGUAUUGAAGUUGCGGCCUUAGCUACAUUAUGGCCUGGCGUUAAAGGCUUUGGGGUGUCUACAGUCCACAUUCUGAUAUCAUUCGGAGUUUCUGCUUUUCAGAUUUGCACCAGCUUCUCAUUAAGAAGUUGGAAAUCCUGGAUAUGGGAGGCCACCUUAUUAAAUGGAUUGAUAAUUUCGUCGUUGGCCAUGCCCAAAUUAUCUGUUUGGAGCAAAAGUAAUUAAGGCGCACAGGCAUGGAGAGUGGAAUCCCACAAAGCUCAGUGCUCGCAUCGACCCUCUUUAUCUUUUAUAACUUUGAUUGUGUACAGGAGCAGGCAUGUGUUCGUGACAUGUUCGCAGUUGAGAUUAAAAUCUUGAAAGUCAUCCACAACGCUGUCGAUAAAAGCAACAUACGAGAAGAUCUUCGUAGAUUGAACAAAUCGUCCCGAAAACGGCUCAUAUCCUUCCAGGUUACCUGCCCGUCAUUCCCUCCCCCAAGUCCUACCCCUUUUUAUCCACGUCAGAAUUUUUUGAUGCCACAAAAUGUUUUGCAGAACCGGAUGGUUGUAUCCGGAACGUUUGUUCCGUGGGCAACCCAGAACUGGACGAUGUAGCCCACCUCCCUCAGAAACUAACAGCCUUUCCCUUUAAACUUUUUGUUUUAAAUGCCAGAUCCUUGCUUAAUAAGAUGCCUUUGCUUCAGACGCUGCUGUUCGUCCAUUGUCCUGAUAUUGUUUUAGUAAAUGAGACGUGGGCAUCAGCCUCAGUAGCUGACUCCGAACUCUCUCUUCUAGGCCACAAUUGCAUUCGAAAUGAUCGCCAAGAUAGCCGUGGUGGGGGCAGCUGCGUCAACGUUAAGCAAACACUUACAUUUUUGCCGUUCGACCUCCCGCAUUUUUCGGCAGUAGAAGGCAGCUGCUGGCUCCAGGUUGCCCUAAAAAAGAAGUUCUCCUUACUCGUUGGCUGCGUCAAUCGCCCUCCCAACGCCAAUGACAAUUUUGAUCGUUUACUCUCACAGGCAUUUCAUGCUGCGGCCGACAUAAGCUUUAAGUUUCAAUUGAUUGCGGGUGACUCUAAUCUCCCUGAAGUCCGCUGGUCUCCGCCUUCAGGCCCCAGAAGGUUCGAUGACUUUCUUGAGGCUGUGGAUGUUGGGAUGUGGAAUCAGGUUGUCGACUUUCCCACCCGAGGCUCAAGUAUACUUGACCUAAUUUUCUGUAGGGGCUGCUUGCCAUCGUCAGUGUCAUCCCUAGGCCCACUUGGGGGCUCAGACCAUGACAUAGUUGUUUCAACGUUGGAAUUCGAGGCUGACGAAAUGUCGUCCCAAAAGUAUAGCAUUUUCCGCGAUUUCCGAUCAACUCGCUCAACCGAAUUAUUAACACACCUUACUAACUACGACUGGACUGAGUUCUUCCUUAGUUCGGAUGUGAAUGUUUGCACUGCAAAACUGUACGAAAUUUUGGAUCCGCUUAUUUCUCGUUUUGUCCCCCGUAAGAAAAUUAUUAAUGUUGGGGAGGAGGCUUUCCUACCCCUUACCCUUUCGUCGCAGAUUGCGCAGACUUUAUCGUCGUUUUCAUCUGCAGAACGAUGUUUUAGUUCUGCCCUUGAUUUUUCAUAUUUUUGAUCGAGUUAAGAGAUUGUCUGAAGAAAAACAGCUAGCCGAAGAGGUACAGUUUACCGAAAACCAUUCCUGAAAUGUCUCGAAACUUUUCUCUAGAAAAAUACGAACUCAGAGAAAGACGCAGCAUCCAAUCCUCCGAGACGCUCUCGGAAAUCGCAUAGUUGAUGCCCAGUUAACCGCGGAUAGCUUCAAUGAUUUCCUGCCCAAAACGUUUAUUGAAGACUCGACCACUCCGCUUCCGACCAUCCAGUCAUUGAUCGGGGCAGUUCUAGAAACUAUAACUUUCACUCUGUGGGAUGUGACUGUUGCGAUUCGGCGUUUUCGUCAAUCUUAUAGUCCAGGCCCUGAUGGUGUCCCAGUAAGCAUUUUAAAAGCCGAUGCAAACACGAUCUUCCCAUCCCUCUUAUGCAAGAUAUUUAAUCUCGCUCUUGAAAGUGAAACAUAUCCUACCUUGUGGAAGGAAUCACACAUUCCCAUUCCUAAGCACGGCAAAUCUACAUCAUUUGAUGACUUUCGGCCAAUAAACACCCUCCCCGCAGUUUCGAAGACCUUAGAGACAUUGAUCAAAGAGAAGAUGAUGUGUCACUUGACAGCGAAUAAAUUACUGAAUGUUGCUCUGCAUGGAUUCCUGAAAGCUCGAUCUUGUGACACCUGUCAACUCUCUUUCUUUGACUAUGUUCUCCAAUCUAGGGACCAUGGUUUUGCUCUUUACACAGUAUAUUUCGAUUUCACUAAGGCUUUUGACCGUGUUGACCAUGCUCUUCUUCUCUUGAAACUGUCCUCUUUCGGAAUAGGUGGCAAACUUUUGAAUUUUAUAACCUCUUACCUGGGCACUCGUACACAACGAGUUAAGACCUCCAAUACUAUCUCCAACCCCACACGUGUGAGGAGUGGAGUCAUUCAGGGUAGUUUACUCGGCCCGCUCUUAUUUUGCCUUGUCGUUAAUGAUAUACCCGAUUUAUUUCAGAAUGGUAGGCCUUUCAUGUAUACCGAUGAUCUUAAAGUUGCAUAUCGAUAUAAGCCGGCAGAUCAUGACAUCGUGCUCGAGCUCCUAAAGACCGAUCUACAGGCUUUCGCCCAGUGGUGCCGCACAUGGCGCCUUUCUCUUUCUUGGCAUAAGUGCUCAGUCAUGGUGGUUGGCGACGACCGCCAACCUCAACUAAGUAUUGAAGGUCACGUCAUAAAGGUGCCAGGGUUAUCAAGGAUCUGGGCAUAUCAUACUCCAAGAGUCUCAAUCUCUCGGAGCAAUGUGCCUUGAUAGUCUCCGAAGCACGCAGAACGACCGGGUUUAUCCUCCGAAACUUUAAAACUAGGGACAUUAGAAUGCGCCUUUUCAACAUGUACGUUAGACCUGGUCUGGAAUACUGUUCGUUUUUAUUUAGCCUCAUGCGUGCUACUGAGCGGAAGAAAAUAGAAUCCGUUCAAAACAUUUUUACCAAGAGAAUUUUAACCCCGGAACACCGACAUUUGUCUUACCAAGAACGUUGCCGGCUUACGGGCCUUGAUCCUUUAUGGUUCCGUAGAUUACAAGAGGGACUAUUUUUGCUAUUUAAACUCUUAUAUAAUCAAACAUUUGACCCACUCACCUCUUUAAGACAUCAUAUCCACCCACGACGUAACAGUCACCGUGAGGUCUUUUUAUUUCUGCCUCUGGCACGUACUGUUUAAUAUCGUCGGUUCUAUUCUGUAAAUGCUAUUGCUAUUCGGAAUAAACUACCAAUGAGUGUGAAAACUCUGCAAAAUUAUCCUUUAUUUAAGAGAACUAUUACUCGAUUUUUGCAUUCAGAAAGGCUUCCUCAAAUUUUGGGUUCUGAAUCCACUGAUUGACUCUACCGUAGCGAUGGCGUUUGUGGUCUCUGAACACUAUGGACGGUCUCACCAGCUGUUCCUCAACGCCUCUACUUUGGCUAUCUCCAACUUCAUGAAAGGAAUUGACGUCCGAUAAUCUCCGAUACCGUGCACCUCCCCCCCCCCCUUCUUGACGGUCGAAAAUCUACCACCAGCAGUUUUUUUUCUCCUGAACCCUCCAAACUAUGAAUACCACCAUCAAUUAUAUUUUUAUUUCUUUACCUCAGGAGAUUUUUCACUGCUGGUCGGAUUUGUGUUUAAUCGCUUCCCUUGACAAUGCCUGUAAACUGGCAUUAAAUAAAUAAUUUAAUUUGAACAGAUGCACCAUUCUGCGUCUCGAGAAUCGAAACCGGAUCCAAAUAUUCAGCAAGAUUAUCUACUGGCUGGCCAGAUUUUCGUUUAAUGCUUCCCUGACAAUGCCUGUAAAAUGGCAUUAAAUACAAUUAUUAUUAUUAUUAUUAUUAUUAUUAUUAUUAAACGAAACGCACACCCGAAAAGCAGGAACUCAGAAUGGUAUCAAAAUCUGGAUUGCAGACACCCCAAAGCCUUUAACGCCAAAGCAGGCACGUCGACUGAACCACUUUCAGCUUAGCUGUCUCCGUCACAUCCUGAAGCUGAACCGGCAGGAUCGAAUCCCCGACACUGAUGUGCUGAAACGGACGGGACUCCUCAGCAUCUACACCAUGCUGAGACAAAUGCAGCUGCUUUGGAGCGGCCACCUGGUGCGCAUGGACGACGAGCGACUACCCAAACGACUCUUCUACGAAGACGUCGCCACGGACUCUCGCCGCCAAGCGGGCCAAAUUCGUCGAUACAAGGAUGCCCUGAAGUCCUCCCUGAAGCAUCUGAAAAUUAACCCGAUUAACUGGGAAGAGCUCGCCCUUGACCGACCGAACUGGAGGAGGAAAGUGAAGACAGGCGCUGCGAUCUAUGGGGCCAACCGAAUCGCCGCUGCCAAAAUGAAACGCGACGCACGCAAAUCACAGCCACGCCCCGUCCGCAACGCCGACGCACAACCACUUCCAACGUGUCAUCGGUGCCAACGGACAUUCCGGACACGAAUUGGACUCAUUGGACACCUUCGGACCAAAUGCACCUCCCAUACCGCACCAUCCGCCACCCUUCCGCCCGCCUUUGCCUCGUCCUCUCCGCUGCCAAAUAACUGACAAUUCUUCUGAACCGCCACUUCCGUCCUCCUCCUCCUCCUCCUCCUUUCCCCAUCCUCCACCUCCUCCUCCCCUCCUCCUCCCCCUCCUCCUCCUCCUCCUCCUCCUCCUCCUCCUCUUCCCCCGCCUCUUCCUCCGCCUGCCCCACUGCACCAACCACGGCCGCUCUGGUGGCCGUCACUCACACCAGCAUCACACACAUCCAUGAAACAACAACAGACACCAUUUCUCCAACCUCCGACUCCAGGGGUGAGGACCAGGACUACACCUGCCCUCACUGCGACCGCACCUUCCCCUCACAUAUCGGCCUUGUCAGUCAUUUGCGAAUCCAUCGCACAGAGACUGGCGAACCAGUGCCAGGAACACCAACCUACACCCAUCGCACUCUCCUCCACUGCCCACAUUGCCCUCGCACCUUCACGCAUCGCAUGGGCCUACUCGGCCACAUACGCAUCCACGAGAGCGGAAUUGAUCGCCCUCCCGACUCACCCACCACGCCGAACCCCAUCCCCACUUCAUCACCCAUCAUCACUUCAUCACCCAUAACCGUCAUCGCAACUGACACCGACACCACCGACAUCGCCUGCCCACACUGUCCACGCGCAUUCACCUCUCGCCUCGGCCUGGUCGGUCACUUGCGAAUUCAUCGCACGGAGACUGGCGAACCAGUGCUUGGAGCACCAACCUAUAUCCACCAGGCUCACCUCCACUGCCCACACUGCCCUCGCACUUUCACGCAUCGCAUGGGCCUACUCGGCCACAUGCGCAUCUACGACGACCUGCCGUAG